GUCUGGGCUCUGCAGUGUGCACCAUGGCGGAGCUGGAUCGGGUGGAGAAGAGCAGCCACAGCUUGGACAAAAGCAUAACGCUGCCGCCUGAUGAAAUAUUCCGCAAUUUGGAGAACGCGAAGCGGUUCGCCAUUGACAUAGGUGGCUCUCUAACCAAGCUCGCAUAUUACUCCACCGUCCAGCACAAAGUGGCCAAAGUGCGAUCUUUCGACAAUACUGCAAAGGAGGCGUCGAGCGAAAAACUGUACGAGAUCUCGGUGCAGGAGGAGAUCACAGCCCGUCUGCACUUCAUCAAGUUUGAAAACGCCUACAUUGAGACCUGCCUCGACUUUAUCAAGGACCACCUGGUCAACACUGACACGAAGCUGAUAAAAGCCACGGGAGGCGGGGCACACAAGUUUAAAGACCUCAUCGAAAAGAAACUUGGACUAAAGGUGGAUAAGGAGGAUGAGAUGACCUGCCUGAUCCGGGGCUGUAACUUCGUGCUGAGGAACAUCCCCCACGAGGCCUUCAUCUUCACCAAGCACGCCGACUCUGAGUUCCGCUUCCAGAACACCCACCCGGAUAUCUUCCCCUACCUGUUGGUCAACAUCGGCUCCGGGGUGUCCAUCAUCAAGGUGGAGUCUGAGGACAAGUUCGAGCGUAUUGGAGGGAGUUCCAUCGGUGGGGGAACGUUCUGGGGCCUCGGAGCUCUGCUCACCAAAACAAAGAGGUUCGAUGAGCUGCUGCAGCUGGCCUCCAAGGGCCAGCACACCAACCUGGACAUGCUGGUGAAGGACAUCUACGGCGGCUCCUACGGGUCCCUGGGGCUCACCGGAGACCUCAUCGCCAGCAGCUUCGGGAAGUCGGCCACCACGGACAAAGAGUUCUCCAAGGAGGACAUCGCCAAGAGUCUGCUGCACAUGAUCAGCAACGACAUCGGCCAGCUGGCCUGCCUGUACGCCCGGCUGCACAGCCUCACCAGGGUCUACUUCGGGGGCUUCUUCAUCCGGGGCCACCCUGUCACCAUGCACACCAUCACCUACAGCAUCAACUUCUUCACCAAGGGUGAAGUCCAAGCCUUGUUCCUGAGGCAUGAGGGAUAUCUGGGAGCCAUCGGGGCGUUCCUUAAAGGAGCAGAGGAAGACAACCCCAACCAGUACAGCUGGGGGGAGAACUACGCCGGGAGCUCGGGCCUCAUGAGCGCGUCUCCGGACAUCAACCCCAUGCAGCGCGCACGCAGCGGAACGGUGGGUCCACCAUCGACCCGUCAGCUCUGAGCUCUGGCUCUAAUGACCUCCUUUUUGUUGUCCUCAGUUAUUUACUAUUGGUCCUCCUCGCCUCAGCCGCCCAGAUCCUCUUCCUGUCGUUGUCUUUGCGGGAUAGCGUGUGGAAAUGUCAUCGCCUGCUCCUCUUUUGUGUCUCCAGGCUUCGUAACCACCAGUGUUUGACGUCUCUUUUGUGUCUCCAGGCUUCGUAACCACCAGUGUUUGACGUCUCUUUUGUGUCUCCAGGCUUCGUAACCACCAGUGUUUGACGUCUCUUUUGUGUCUCCAGGCUUCGUAACCACCAGUGUUUGAUGUCUCAUUUCUUUUCCUCAUUUCCUUUCCACAUGUUCACCUUCUGUACCGUUUAACAUUCCCAUGCAGUUCCCAGUAAGUACUUCCUGGUGCUAUACGUGUGUGUGUGUUUGUGUGUGUCUUUAUAGUUUGGAGUUACUGUCCGCCUGCUCCUCUAGCGAGUUGCUCGGCCAUGCGAUGACAUCCAGUCAUCUGAGGCCCCCAGAUUAGUUUAACACCUGCUUGUGAACUUUUAAUUUUCUUCUUGCUUUGAUUAAUUUCCUCCGCUGCUAACAUUUGGUUGCAAUCGCCGCCUUUUUCGUAUUUUUCUGUCUCGUAGUUUCUUACUGAAAGUUAUUCUAGCUGGAUUUGAACCUUGUUUUACUGUUUGAAUUUUUGUAUAAGGGGGUUUUAUAAAGACUAAGUCGGCCAUGUUUGCUUUAACCUUUACACGUGUCUGAACGAUAGAGCUGCUCCACUCCGGAGUUAUCGGGAACAUGAUUAGCUUCAUCUCUGCGUCCCCAUGACUGCUGGGUAGGGGUGCGCUCUGCUGUACGGACGCUGGAAACAAGAACCACUACCCCAAGGUUCCCCUCUGAGCUGAGCUGUGUCGAUGAGGGAAACAGUCCCAUCAUUCACACCCUUGGUCAGGGGAUGACGCAAUUAUUUAGUUAUAGUGAAAAACUGCUUUAACUUUAACAAAGUCUGAUGAUUGCAAUCCCCCGAUGUAAAAUAUAAAUCUUGUUUUUAGUGUUCAAAUCAUUGGAUUGCUUGCUGGGAGGAAGAAGAGUGUUGUUCUCUUCUGUAGAUGAAGCUUACCUCAAGACAACACAUCAGUUCAAACUCACGAAUACCGAGCCCAACCGGUCUCCAGACGUUGUUUAAUCAUGACCCCCCAAACCGUCUCGCACUGAUUAAGCGUCCAUAGUGUAUAUCAUAUAUAUAUAUAUAUAUAUAUACUGCAUGUAGACAUAUGUAUAUCAUAGUGGAGCCACCUGGCUCAUCCCGGUACCAGUUAGGUAUCAGGGGGUCAGGCCUACACUGGUCCAACAAUGUGAGCGUCACUGAUGUACUGAGUGAUCUGUGU